UUAUGUCAUAACAGCCUCUACCGACUGUCAGUGUAACCACACACUGCAGCCAGUGACGCAGCUUUUGACAUCCGUUCGAUCAUUUUUCACAACAUGUUGGCCCCGGCGCCACAAAAGUUCUGGAAGGUCGAAACUCCACACUGCCGUCAGAGACCAGGAUCCCAGGCAUCGCCAUCAACGUCCCGGGUAUCUCGGGUAUCUCGGGUCUCUUGGUUUUGUGCUCUGAGUCUUUGUGCCCGUUGUGCCUUUCGGAAACGUGACAAGUCUGAGAAGUCUUCGACCCGUGUUCGCUCGAAUUCGAUUAAUUCGACGAUGUCCAUUUUGAACGAAGCGUGGCAACUCGGUGGUUGGAAGCUCCGUGGACGAGUUGUGUUGGCACCCAUGGAACAAGUCACAGACUGUGCUUUUCGGCGCUUGUGCUUCGAGUUGGGCGCCAGUUUCACUUGGACUGAGAUGGUGAGAGCUGCAUCGCUUCUGAAACGUAACAACUCCACCACGAGUCGCAUUGACACAUUAGAUCCUUCCACACCCACAGCUGUGCAACUCAUGGUCAGCAGUCCUUCUGAAUUGAGAAGGGCUUUACAACUUCUGGAAGAACGUGCUCAAAGCGAUAAACUUUUUUGGGCUCGCGGAAUCCAUGGUAUUGACCUCAACUUUGGAUGUCCAUCACCUCACAUCAUCAAUGAUGGUCUAGGUCCAGCUAUGUUAAGUCGACCUCAGGUCCUUCGACAACUCUUUGACACCUUGGCAGACUGGCGGGCCAAACAAAAAGUGUUGCCAAUAGGUGCAAUCGGAGCCAAGAUGCGCUUGGGCCUCAAUGAAGAUGAAGAAGAGCGAGAAGUCUAUCUUCGAGCAAUUCAAAGCGCCAAAGGUCGACUGGAUUAUGUUUGUUUACAUCCACGUCAUGCAAGAGAUGAAUCUAAGAUUCCAGCAAGGUGGGAGCACAUUCGAAAAGCGAAAGAAGUCGCAGGGCAUCGUUUAGCGAUCAUUGGCAAUGGCGAUGUGUUCAGCCGCAGAGAUGCUGCCCGCAUGAUACGUGAGACUGGCUGUGAUGCAGUGAUGGUUGCACGAGGUGCCACGAAGACCGUGGGAGCCAUUUUUGAUCCAUCCUGGGAUGACACAGAUCUGACAGUUCAACGAGCUGAGGAGAUUGAAGGACGUCUCAAUGACUUGUCCGAGAAAUUUGGUGUGAGGCCUAAGAUUGCCGACUAUCACAAAGAAUCCUUCCGCCGUGUGCGGGCUCGAGGCUCUCGUCAGGCCGUACGAUUGCUGUGGGAAGAGAUGAAUUGGUUUUUGAUCAGAGAGCAUCGGACAUUAGAAAAGGACUUCGACAAGCCUUUGACGGAUCAGGAAAGAUCUGAAUGCAUCAUGAGAUUUUUCGAUGAAAAAGUCUGCAUCCAACUUUGCAGUUUGUCUCCAGAGAUGGAACACGAGUAUCGAGGGCAUCAAGGAGUCCAAGAGAUCCUUCCGUUUUUGGCACAGCUGGCACAAGGUAAACAAGAUGUGCAUAUGCCAUGCGAAGAGGCUGAGGCAAAUCCUAUGCAGCUGGUUGUAGGUCUUGCCAAUGGCUGCAAUGUCAUGAUUCUGUGCACGGAACGGAAUCAGAUUCGACGUCUGAAUAUUUGGUGUUCGUCGUGUCCCUUUCCACUUCAAGUUCCCACUGGUGAGAUUCUCCAAUCCAUGGAGCUUGCAGCUGGCUAGAAAUUACCAACAGCUUCUCUCACUGCUCCUGUUUUCACGACACGCUGGUCGGUGAUUUUCAAGGAUGACUUGAAAAUGCUUGCCACAUGCAUGGCCGCGCAACUUGAAGAGAGACCUGCGAAUUUUGUGGCUACGCUGAUCCUCAUCGAGAUGAAUCUUCCAUCAAAGCCAGACCCAAGAUGGAUCGUGUCACUGAGAUCUCUUGUGAAUUCCACUUUAAUUUUGUUGCAAUGGAGCGGUCACCAUUUCCAGAUGGUUUGACAGCAAAGUUUAGAUCCGGUUUGAAUGGAUGGCUACACAUUUGCCUUUGUUUCUUGCCGAGACAGAUUGGUUCUGGACAUUGGGGCAAUCGUUCCUCAAAGGUGUCCUGUGGCCGAAAA